AUGUUGUUAAGAAAAGCCCGCCGUAAGGAGCGUGAUGGCGACGCGUCUCAAAGUGAUACAAAAAUAUAUUUAGAGGAAAGUGUACUUGAGCUGCUAAAGUUCACACCGGCAGAAUUACGAUCCAUGGUCGACCUGCCGGCUGGCGUAGAUUAUAAUGAAUGGUUAGCUUCUUAUACUAUACAAAUAUUUGAAUAUGUAAAUUUAGUUUAUGGUACAAUAAGUGAACAUUGUACGACAACUGGCUGUCCCGAUAUGACUGCGCCGGGUUCAAAAACCUACCUGUGGUACGAUGAAAAAGGAAAAAAGAAUCGUUGUCCCGCACCGCAAUAUAUCGACUACGUGAUGACCUACACACAGCGUACGAUCAGCGACGAAUCUUACUUUCCCACCAAAUACGCGAAUCAAUUUCCAUCUGGUUUUGAGUCGCAUGUAAGGAAAAUGAUUCGUUUGUUGUUUCAUGUCAUUGCGCAUAUGUAUGCCGCUCAUUUUCGUGAAAUUGCCCUACUCGGGCUGCAUCCGCAUUUAAAUUCAACAUUUGCCUUGCUGGUGGCCCUGCAAAGACGCUUUAACUUGAUCGAGCCCAAAGAGAUGGAAGUUCUAUCGGAUCUAGAAGCAGCACUUCAUCUUAGUGAUGAUGCUUCAGCUGCUGUAACCACAUCAACAUCGUCAUCGUCAACAUCAACGACCCUCGCGUCAAGCGUGGCCAACAAUAAUAAUUCAUCAUCUAGUGUUAGUUCCAUAAGUAAUUUAAAUAGCAAUACGAUCGUAACGCAGGCAUUAAUCUCAUCGCCUUCACGUUCUGGAGCUACGGCAGCGUCAUGUGAUGGCGCUCAAAGCCUAAAUAGUCAAAUCGAUGAUGUCAAUGUGAUCGUAAAGCAACCGGUGAGCGGGGGUGAUGGUGUAAGUAGUCUGUUGAACAAUAACAACGAUUUGUCAACAAAAGAUCGGACACAUGUGACAGCCGUUGUCGUGGGGACGCCCCCAAUUUAACGUCAAUUCAAAAUCUAGAAAAUAAUCGUCUUUUCAUUUUUUUUCUUCUUCUGACUUUUCUUUUGUGUACCAUAUUUAAUUUUCCCUUUCACAGAAAUGAAAAGAAAAGAGUUUUCCAUGAUAUCAUUCAUUUGAUGUCAUCUCUCGAAAGUUGGAAAAUUCUGAGAAAUCUUUUUGUUAUUGUUCACAAAAAAAGAAGUUAAACCAAAUAUGUAAGAGAAAAUGAUGAGAAGAAAUCAAUUUUAUUCCUAAUUAUUCUUCUUCUUAAUUCUUGUUUUGUGAUUGAGUAAAAAAUGAGUUUUCUUUUUCUUCAUGCAACUUUAUUAUCUAAUAAUUUGAAAUGAAUUCGUUUCAUCAACACACUUAGAAGAAAAAGACACUAAAGAUGAAAGAUAAUCGUCGUUAAACUGCAUUAAUUGUUAAGCAUAAGAAGAAGAAUAAAUGAACAAAAAAAUGCUAUUUAUAAAACGAAGAUAACACAAAUGUGACAAAAAAAGAAAAAUAAUUAAUCAUAGGCUGCCUAAAAUGCCUCUUUCUUCCUUUUUCCUUGCGUUUAAAUUUUUGUUUCAUCUUAUGGUUUGCCUCCAUAGGGAGGAAAAGCAAGAAAUAAUUUAAAAGGAACGAGUUGCAUGAAAUGAGAAAAAUUAACAAAAUCUAGUACGAUUUGAGAUCUACAAAAGAAAAGUAAGAUCUACUUGCAGAGGUUACGCAAUUAAAUGAAAUGAAAAGUUUCAAAAACUUCUUAGAUUUAUCGCUUUUACUAUUUAUCGUACAACCAGAAAGGAAAUAAUUUUUUGUCCCUUUAAACUGAGAGGAAAAAAAACACUUAAAAAAAGAAUUGUUGCUGCAAAUUGAAAAAUAAGAAAAUGUAAAAAAAAUAUUUAUUUAGUUAUCAACUUGAGAGAAAAAGAAGAAAUUAAAGAUUUAAACAGUGAAGAAAAGUUACA